GAUAAUGAUUGAAUUUAUUAAAGUUGAAUUCGAGAGGAAGAAGUGCAACCUAGGUUAGCAUUCUCAAUUUUUAGCACUGGCACUGCAUGCUCGCCGCUCCAUACGGGUAUGUUAGCACAUACUCAUUUUGUACACCGAUGAGUCAUCACGAUCACUGCUCAGCAAAAUAUCUGUCAGCUGCAGGCGAACUAUGCAUGCAGCGAGCAGAUUUCUCACAUUGAACGUACAGUUUAUCCCACGAGCGGUAGCAGACGAGAUUUCGGACCGACAAGAGACCAAAGCAAGGUAACAAUUCAGCCACCGAAUAUCUUUUCUCUUCCUGCCGAGAAAUGAAACAACGUAUCAACGAAUAAAACACGGAUUUCUAAAAUAUAAGGUGAACAUUUUACCCAGCAAACUCUAGCCUCUUCGUUUGGGCGGACGAAUGAAUAUGGCAUCCAGAACCGAGCGAGGUUCUGCAUCGGAAGGCCAGACCAGCGGCCCCGGUGAAGUGAAUGCAGCGGCCGCAGCUGGGGAUGCGGACUGGAAAGAAAGAUGCCGCACCCUCGAAGGUCAACUUGAAAAAUUUCGAUUGCAGGCCACAAAAAUUCGAUCUGUCCUGGGUGAAAAGAUGCAAGAAUUGGAGGAGAAAGUCGAGGUGUCGACUACAAGAGCUGAAAAAGCAGAGAAAGAAGUUGAAGAACUGACGAAGAAGCUAGAAGCCCUGACCAAAUCUGAAAGUAAGCAGGGAAGUCAGGAACAAAAGCAAGCAUCUAACAAACGUAUUAUUACACUGGAGGGACUAUGCCGAGAAAAGGAAGAUGUUAUUCAGCAUCUAGAACAACAACUUCGUGAACAGCAAGACCUAAGAGCCCAGGAGAGCCUUGUGGUUGAGAGCAAAGUCACCAAGAUCAAGAAAUGGGUAGCAUCGACAGUAGGAGAGCUUGAAGAAGAAAACAAGAGAUUGGUUAUUUUGAAUGAAGAUGCAAAUGAGACAAUCAGGAAACUACAACUCAGAUUUAAAAAUCAAGAGAAUGGUCAGUAUCAUGCGGACACCACGGGCCGUUCUAAUGAAUCAGACGAUGUAUUGGAUGUUAGGCCAGAUUCCACUCUCUCAGAAGAUCCUCCCUCAAUCCCAGCUAGACCCACCUCAUCUAGCAUCAGAGAACACUUCAUAGCAAUCACCACGGAAACAGAACUCAAUGGAAACGACAUCCACCACAAACGAGAGGUGACUUCUGAGAUCUAUGACAAUGUUGACGAGGAGCCUCUUUUUGCCGUUGGUCCUGUCGCCUAUCAUAAAGAGGAUGGUGCCAAGAAAGAUUGGAGGACAAACAGGAAUGAAUCUUAUUCAAACAAUGGACAAGCUCUGACCCCAGGAAGUGAAAUGUCAGGGUCAGAGGAAGACAAUCUCAUUGACAGUGCGGACCUUGAUCACUCCAUGUCUUUGCUGUCGACGUCGAGCGGCGGACUGUCGCCGGAUAUUCCCUUAGCCACACUUGCCCCUCCUCCAACCCCGUCCACACCUGGUGGAGAUGGUGGUGCAAACCUUGCACAGAGCCUGAUGAUAGCGCAGGAAAAAGCGCAAGAGAGAACAAAGCCACCACGUCGCAAAUCAUCUAGGAACGAUGACGAAGUGAUUCCAUCUGCACUCUCGCUCAUUGCAGACUCUGUCUGUGCGACGACUCUGAUGCUUCAGAACUCUGUCAAACCCAAGCAUUUUCCAACCCUGGAGCUUAAUAAUGGUGAAAUCCUUGAUAUAUCUCUUCCCACCAUUGAAAGGACAGUCUCUACUGCUGUCAAUAAUCUAGAAUUUGACUCCACCUUGGAAGGAUUUGACGAUGAUGUCUUCUUAGAGGGUGGAUAUGCUCGCAGUAGCGACUAUGCAGAGUUGUUGAGGACACGUUCCCUGAGCCAGCAGUCGGGUCAGGAUGACAGCUACCAGAGCUUGAAGAAAGUUCAGAUGAAGAAGAUGCAGACUGGUGUCUUGAUGGAAGGUAGUCAGGAGAUCCUUGAGCUUCCGCAGCUACCGUCAUCGGAAGAAGGUUAUCAGAGUCUCAGGAAUGUUCAUGAUCACUUUGACAAACUUCACAAUAACGAAGCUGUAGAGGCACUCCCUGAUGUCUGCGGGUAUGAGGGGGGAGGGGAUGAGAAGAGUAGCCCUGCUUUUGAUCCAGCCUUUGAUCUGGACUACGAUGAGCCUCCUGAUGAUGAUUCCUUGUUCAUGGAGGAUUCUGCAAAUCAUGCUGGGAGUGAGGGGUCAGUGACCUCUGGUAAACCCCCUCCACCACCAGAAAGGAAAGCACCAUCGUGGGAAACAAGAAUUUAUGCCUUGGCUGAAAAAGGUCUGAAGAUGUCUCCUAGUGUCGCACCUGUCAUAGAUUCCUCAUCAGUUACUCCUGUACCAGUGUGUCUUGUGGAAGAAGGAUCAAGUUCAAAUAGCCUCUUCAGAGAUGUGGAGGUUCCGGUCUACACAACUCUAAGAGGGCGUUUGACUCUGAUCCGCUCCACACCCUUCACGGGCGAGUCCUCUGACUCCUCCGACGAUGAAUCAAGCUCCAAGCCGCCCCCUCCUCCCGCCUCUCACUCCAGCCCCCAUGGAUCUCUCAAGUUCUUGAAGAACAGUAAGGGGACCGGAGGAAGCCUCAAGCUCACAUCUUCCUCCUCCAUGGGUAGCCCCAAGAAGAAGAUGUUAGCGGGGUCGUCUAAUACUCUACCUACAGCAGGACAGAAGAGGGGUGUGUCAACUCAAUCCUCGGCCUCUGACGCUGAUUACUCGAUACCACCUGAUGCAGUGAGGUCACAGUCACAUGACGGCAACAGCUCGGACGAACCAGAACCCAAGGCUAAGCUACUCAAGACAUGUAGUCUGGACAAGGCUUCCAAGUCAAGCUUAGAUUCCAUUGACAAGACUGAUAAGGAGCCUUUAGAGAAGGCUGGUUGGUUGACUAAGCUUGGUGGACGGGUGAAGACAUGGAAGAGACGAUGGUUUGUUCUAAAGGUUGGGCAGUCUGAACUACUCUACUACAAAUCACCAAAUGACACCUCAAGGAAACCCCGGGGCCAAGUUCCGCUUGACAAGUUCUGCAAAAUAGCGCCCUCCGAGGGUCUGCAGACAUUCGAGCUGGCGACAUCCAAGAGGACUUACUACCUCACUGCAGAGUCACCGGCCGUCAUGGAAGAAUGGAUCAAACUAAUUGAGAGGGUGUUGGAGAAGUACAGGAAACCCAGUGAGUUACCCCUAGCCCUCCCUCAAGGGGUCACCAUGCAAGGCUGGGUCACCAAGGUCAAACUAGGCAACUCCAAGAGAUGUUGGUUUGUCCUCGCUGAUAGAAACCUCAAGUACUACAAAUCAGACAAGGACAAGGCUCCUCUUGGUUCGAUAGAUAUGAGGGAGGCAUCUGUUUCAGAGGUCGACCAAUCAGCUGUGUCUGAUGAUGAGGGAGAUGAGAAGACCGAGCCCACAAAGUUUACCCUCUCCAUCGUCUCUCGCAAGCCAGACAAACAAAGUACCACCUUCCUCAACUAUUCUUCCCAAGAAGAAAAGGACUCCUGGUUGUACCACUUUAUGGUUGCAAGUGGUGGGAGUGGCAGCAACUCGCCCGACGGUGGCACGGAGUUUGAAAACAUCAUCAAGAAGCUGAUGAACAGUGAGAGCCCCCUCUCUAGUCCACUCUGGAAGCAUCCUGUCAUGUUGUAUUGCAAGGAGAGUCGAGACCGCCCCCUCACCACUCUCCUGUCUGAUGCACUCAGUAGAGAGGCUGUCAAAUUUAGUAAAUCAUGCAAUCUAUUUAUCAGUUCAUCUGUGGACAUGCCUGCUGUGGACUAUCAUGUCAACCUGGCCCAGAAUGCCUUGCAAACGGGUCUCUCUCAUACCGAGCUGCAGAAUGAAAUGUACUGUCAGCUGAUUAAACAAACCAAUCACAGACCAGCAUUAACAAAAGCAGUGAGUGCUGAUGAUAGUACAGGAUCAAGUCAGUCUAGCAAUCAUAUGAUCAGUCAAGCAUGGCAGCUACUAGCCAUGAUCUGUCAACUCUUCCUUCCCUCUCAUCAGUGUAUGUGGCUUCUCAAGACACAUCUACAAAGAUUUGCAAACUCAAAGACUGAAGGGGGGAAAUACGCCAUCUUCUGUCAACGAUCAGUAGAGCGUACGAACAGAAACGGAAGGAGAGAGGCCAGGCCAUCUAAGCUUGAGGUCCUAUCCAUGGUUCAGAGGCAUCCAUAUUAUCACUCUAAACCCAUCAGCAUUCCAGUUCACUUUGCUAAUAGCACUUAUCAGGUUGUAGGCUUUGACAGUUCAGUGACUGUCAAGGAGUUCUUACGUCAGCUCAACCAUCAUAGUGGGAUGAGAGCAGAAGAGGAAUCAGGUUUUGCUUUGUUCUCUGACGACCCAUCAGGCAAGCAGGUCCAGCAUUGCUUGCAAACAAAUGUGAAGAUAUGUGAUGUCAUCUCUAAGUGGGAGCAAGCAUCCAAGGAAUGUAAGGCCGGCAAGAAAGAUGGCUCCAAGAUCAUCAGACUUACAUACAAGCAUAAAGAAUACCAGAGACGAUGCAGUCACCAUGAAACAGACAGAGAACGUUUGUUGCUAGCAUAUCAAGUCAAUUCAGAUCUUGUUGCUGGAAGGUUUCCUGUCAGUAAAGAGAUGGCACUGGAAUUAGCCUCACUUAUGGCUCAGGUUGAUCUAGGUGAUUGUAAGUUAAGCUCAUCCUCUGAACCACCCUUGGGGGGAUCUGUCAGCUCAGCUAGUCCCUCGACCUUGGAUACUGUCCUGGAAAGGUUCUAUCCUAUCAGGUAUCAACCAGCAGCAGAAAAUGAAAGAAGGAUACUGAAGCACAAGAUAAACGAGAAGUGGAAUGAACUAAGAGGGCGCAGUACGACCGAGUGCGUCCGCAUCUACGUGACGGUGCUCAGGAAAUGGAGGCACUUUGGAGCCUACGUCAUACCAGCCACUGUGAGUCUCUCGUUUGGCAGUUUUCCAAGUGUACAGUGCAAGUAUGGAAAACAAGAACGAGUCUGGCUGACAGUCAGUGAGAAUGGUCUCAGCAUCUUGGAGUUCAAUUCACUUGAGGACAAGGUCUCGUAUCCCCUGUCAUCCAUUGUUACAUUUGGUGGUUGCCGUGACGACUUCAUGCUGGUAGUAAGAAAACAGACGGAGGAUGAUGCUGACUUCACUACAGAUAAACUUAUGUUUGAUAUGACCAAGGCAAAGGUAUCACAGCUGACCCAUCUGAUCAGUCACUUCAUCCGGACAAUGGUCAAAGCUAAGGGGCUUCCUCCUGGACCACUGACCGAUGAGAAGCACAGGAAACCACCUCCACUACCCAAGCUCACAUCGAGCACCAAGUCAAGUAGUAAACAUUCACUGGCAUCGACCUCAUCAGCUAAGAGUAAAGACAGCAAGGAUGGGGUGAUUGGGGGAGUUGGGAGAGCAGUUUAGUAAGAGGGUCACUAUUUUUUCUAGAAGAAUUCAAUAACGAUCACCCCCAGCCAAACAUGCACCAAGUCCAGUAUAAUAUCAUUGGCAUUGAUGUCAUCAGCCAAGAGUAAAGACAGCAAGGAUGGGGGUGAUUGGGGGAGUUGGGAGAGCAGUUUAGCAAGAGGUGGGGUACAAUAAUUUUUUUUUUAAAGGGUCAGGAACAGAAAGUGAGGUAUCAUCAAGAUUCCCAUUACUUCAUGUGGAGUUUUGAUCCAUGCAAAGUAAAGAGUAAAUACCCUAAGCAAGUGCUGCAUAUGUAUAGAAAGUAUUACCAAUCGCAGCCAUGUAUCUGUAUAGUACACUUCUGCAUAUUUAUUAAAUGAUGCCAAUGUAAACAAGCCCAGUAAGAUAUAACACAUACUCAAGGAAAAACACUUACCAGUAGAAUGAACCUAAAACAACUCAAAUGCUGCUUCUAUAUUUUUGUCAACACCAAUGGUGGACAGAAAUGGGGAAGAAAAAAAAUAAUAAUAAUAAAUGUUUUUACAAGUGAUUUGAGAAUCACUAGAGUAUGCUGUUUCAUCACAAGAAUACUCUCCCUCUACCUCACUCACAGACAAAAAUAGUAUAGCGCCACCACAUGCUGAAUGGUAGUCAGUCAUAGUAACUCCUUCUCUUCCCCUUUCAUGAAAUACAUUUGGUUUAAAAUGUCUAUUUCUCAGAAUUACAUUAUCUUAUUUUGACAGAUAUGUGUAUAUUGUGCAGUGAGACUUAUGAUUUAUACAAUCAGCUACUGUGGUAUUAUUCAUAAGCUAUUAGAUUUUGGUCUAUUUCAGGUAGAUCUCAGGAUUCUUUUUGUUGCAUAUAAUUAUUUGCCAAUCAACUCACGCUAUUAGCAAUAAUAUGCUUCUGUAAUACAUUUUUUUUUUGAUAUGCAAUGACAUCCCUCAUCCAAUUUUCUUGCCAAUGUUCUAAUGUACCUUUCAUGGUUUGUUUUUGUAUAUUGUCUGUUUGGAGUCAUAAGGAUGUUAAGUCGGGUGGUGGUUAUUGCUGGCUUGUAUGAAUGAAUGCUCCUCUGGCUUCAAGCAGAUGACGUUAUUCUGUCGUUCACUCAAAAUUUAUAACUACAAUUUAUGCAUUUUUGUUCAUUCUUGCUUUCAUUUUUGACAGGGUUGCAUUUGUCUUUAUGCACCUAUGUUUUUUAAUUAUUGUAAUAUUUAUUCAUAGGUUGUGUGCUCCAUAUACCUCGUUUUCUGGGAAGAGGCUUUCCAAUAAAGAUGAUAAAAAACAUAACAAAUCAGGAUGUUCGUUAUGUGAUGUAAUAUUCCAUUUUCUAGAAGAUGACCUAAUUCUAGUUAUUCAAAUGUGUGUACUAAUAGCUGCAUGUUUGACAUGGUUUAAUAUAAUGGGGUUAUUAACAGUAAGGUGUUGAUACUAUAAUAAGAACCUUUAAUUUACUGAUAAUUGCACAGCUCAAUUUAUCUAAUGGAAAUGUAAUGCAAUGUCUUUGAAUUCAAAUGAGUUGUAUAUUUUAAUAGGCUUGUGGCAUUCUUCAAGAAAGGUACCUGUCAGAGUCUUUCAAAUGAGAUUCAUAGACUUUUGCUUCUGUAGCAGUACUGAUAUUGUAAUUAAAGUUAAUCUGUUGUUGCUUCUGUUUCUACUAAAGAUGGGUGGGGCUAAUGAUUAAGAGCUCUGAAUCCCUUUUGAACCGGCCUAGAAAUAUGCAUGAAAGAAAUUUAAAAAUCAAAAUCUGGUGAGCUUGAAAUCAAAAUUGAUAUUCAAUAUGCAUAUAUUUUGUAGUUGCUAAAAAUCAUGCCAGUAAUUUCUUUGGAUUUUGAGAAUCACUAUUUUGCUUAUCAUAAUAUAAUGAUUAAGCUUUGUGCAUUUAUUAAACCACUUGUUGGUCAGAAUAAUCCUGUUCCUAUGCAUAUUUGAUAUUUCCAAGAUAAGUGGUUGUAUUCUCGACAUAAAGAUUUGUAAUGAUCUGAAAACGAACGAGAUCUAAGCUUCUAUCCUGCUUCCCUUAUUCAUAUACCCAAUGCAGUGUACAAAGGAUGCAUUAACAAAAAUCACUAUUGGCUCAUUGUCAGAAAAUUGUAAGCUCACAUCCUUUUAUUUUAUCAAUGCCCUUCUGGCUCUAAGGAGACAGUGCAUUGCUGCAUGUUUAUGAGAUGACGUUUGAAGAGGGAAGUCAGUAAAAUAGAAAAUGGAGGAUAUGUAAGAAAAUUUAAUCACUCAUUGUUACUUUGUGCAGUAGACAUGAAGCAAAUAGCCCCAUUCAGACCUGAUGCAGUAAACGAAUUG